UUCCUUAAGCAAUUCAACUGAAAUACCAAUAUUCGAAGAAAAUUUUGUUAUAUUUGCGCGCUAGCCACAACUGAAAAAUAUCUGCUUAACUGUGACCUGUAAAAUAAAGUUAUUUACUUUAUUCUAGAGUUUAAACCAUAGUUUGAGCUAGGUUGUGAAAAUGGCCCUUUAUAUUAAUUUGUAGAUAAAGACCACAUCGAUUGUAGUCGCUAUUUGGAACGUCCUAAAGAGGCGCCUUGAACGCUUAAUGUAAUGCACCAUAAGACUUCUUUUCUUGUCUAAAACUCAGAGUAUACUUGUCAUUUUUAUUCCAGUACCGAGCAAUCGAAAAUUCAUUAAGUUCAAAUCAUCCAAUAAGAAUUGCGUUGAAUUAUAUUACGUCAUAUUUAUUUGAAAGGUCAAGGGUUAUUAUUUGUAAACAAUUAAUGAAGGUUAAUAUUUUUGAGCAGCGAUUUUUUCUUCAACAAAAGAACUAAUUCUAUAGAAAUGGCAGCUGUAUUACCACCAAGACGAAAUCCCACUCCGACAAAAAUAUCUAAACAAAAUUUAACUCCAUUACAAACUUUAUUGCAAAUGGGGUUUCCAAAACAUAGAGCGGAAAAAGCAUUGGCGGCUACAGGGCAUAGAGGAGUGCAGUUGGCAUCAGACUGGUUACUAGCACACGUAAAUGAUCCUUUACUUGAUGAUAACUCUCCUAGAGAAUAUAUUUUGUAUGCUUGCCCUACUGGUGAUUUUUCACAACAGCUUCAAACAUUUUGGGAAAAAUCUCUUUCACUUUGUGGUUGGAAUGGUGCUCAUAAUUUUACUCCUCACAUAACUCUGGUUUCGUUUUUCAAGGCACCUGAUGAAGAUGCGUUGACAUUGUCUCAAGGAUUGAAAUCUGUGAUGGAAAGACAAGGAGCAGUUUUGAAUGAACCUCUAAAAUUGGAGACCUAUACAUCUCCAAAUUUUAUGGGAUUUUUUGUGACUGAGGAACAUGCCGAUUAUUUAAAGCGGAUAGCAAUGCAAUAUGUUAAAGAAGUAUCCAAUGCAAUUAUUAGUGAUACUUACGAACACUUCGAUGCACUGACGGCUUGUUUUCCUUGGUGCACUACAACAACUGCAAGGUGCAUACCCAGAGGAAGCCGAUCUAUAAGUCUAGAACCUCAUGUAAAAUCCCUCCAUUUGACGUUAGCCUAUCAAUUUCCAAGUUCCCAAUAUUCAAGUUUGAAAUCGCUCGUCGAUGAACUUGAUCCCGGUGCUUCUGAGGGCUGGGAACUUAGAUUAUAUUCCAGAGAUCCUAGGAUUAAUAGCAAGCAAAUUAAUAGGGUAGUACAUGCUUAUACACCUGUAGAAUCAGAUGAAUUAGAUCUACGGAUUGGAGAUUUCAUUUACAUAAGUGCUGAUGCUAUUGCAAACUCAGCUGAUGGUUGGGUAGAAGGUACAUCAUGGUUGACUGGUCAGACUGGACUUCUACCAGAAUCGUAUACUGAAAGGACUGCUGAAUCAGACGCUUGGACACUACAUAAAAAGAUUGCUCUCAAUCAAAUCGGGACUGGUGAAAGAAGAAGUUCUUAUAAAAAAGACAAUAUGAUAGAAGAAACAUCUGCCUUAUUUUCGGACGCAAUCAAACCGCCUGUACCUCCAACAAUCGACGACAGUAAUGGCGACGAAGGAAAUGUUUACGAAAAUUUGUUGGAAUUGAAAAAAAGGGCAGCUAAUAACACCGAGUCUAAACCUCGAAGUGUCUUCGUAAUGCGACAUGGAGAACGAGUUGACUUCACCUUCGGUAGUUGGACCCCUUAUUGUUUUGACGAAACAGGUAAAUAUACGCAAAAAGAUUUGAACAUGCCAAAAACCUUGCCAAUAAGAAGUGACGGAAGUAUUGGGUAUUUGAGAGAUUCUCCUAUUACGAAUAUUGGAAUUAUACAGGCAACUUUGACUGGAGAAUCUCUUAGAGAUAAAAAUAUUGAUAUAGAACAUGUUUACUGCUCUCCAUCGUUCCGAUGUAUUCAAACUUGUGAUGGUUUUUUAAGAGGACUGGGGAAAAGAGACCAGCUUAAAAUAAAAAUCGAACCUGGACUUUUCGAAUGGACUAUUUGGUAUAAUGAAGGAGUUCCUGCCUGGUUAUCAAAAGAGGAAUUGUUGCAAGGCGGUUUUAAUAUUGACGAAAAUUAUACACCUUUUGUUAGCGAAAAGGAGCUAAAGGAAUCGAAAGAAAAUUGUGAACAGUUCUAUUUGAGGAAUGCUUUUAUUACACGAAGUGCUUUAUCAGCUCAUCCAAGCGGCAACAUUCUCCUUGUUGGUCACUCAGCUACAUUAGAAACCUGCUCCUAUGAAUUGAUUGGUAGAAAACCGAAAUCUAAAAAUGAUAUGAUUAAACUGAUACAAAAAAUACCAUACUGCGCAUUUAUCGAAGUAACUAACAUCAGCGGUGAAUGGCAAAUAGUAGAACCGCCAAGCUUGCCAGUAACUCAUUCUAAUAAUCAACGGUUCGAUUUUAAAUUGAUCUUAGAAUAAAUAUCUCCCAUCGUGUAACCAUUAUUUUAGAAUAUAGAUUAUAGUAUAUUUCAUUUUAAAAAGAUUGGGAAUUUUCAAAUAAUUCAAUCGUUAUUUUAUUUUACAUUAAGCACUAUAUUAGUUCAUAACUAAGAACCUUUUUGGUCCUAAUUUAAAUACUAUUGUUGAGUGUAAUGUUCAAUUGUAUUUUAGUUAUUAGUAAUUUAAGAAAUUUCAAUAAUUAUCAUUAACAAUUAUUAAUAUCAAUAAUUCUUCAGCCCGCAAAGGCUAGAUUUAUAUAAAAGCAGUGGAUCAAUUGUCUAAAUAAUAUUUUUGAAUUUUAAAGAUUAAUGCCAAAAACUGGGUAGUCGGAAUUUCUGGAACAAUUGAUGAUAUUCAUAUUGAACACACUACCACUACAACAACACUCACAUUUACACCUUCUGGUCCUUCCAGUUCGAUAGCUCAUAUCCAGAUCGAAAGACCAACCAGUGUGAUUGUGAGUGUGGUGGUAAGAAGCUGUGAGCUUUUUCUAUUCCUAUUGUUGUUUAUCAAUUUGACAAAUGUGACAUCCACAGAUAAUAAUAAAUUCCAUGUAAUGUAUUUUAAUUUGUUUUGUUUGUUUCAAAAUAUAUAUUUUAUUAGUUUUAAAAUUAUUAAUCAGUAUUUAACAUUAUUUAUGAAAACUUCCCAAUCUUUUAUAGUUAUUUUAAUGUAACAUGACUAUUCAAUCUAUUGAUUUGUGAUCUAAAAGCAUAAGAAAUAUGAACACAAUGUUUAACUAGCUACCAAUUCACUGCCAUUGACAUUUUCAUAAAUAUUUAUUUAGUUCAUUCAAAGAAAUUUAUAUGUGUUGAUAGGUUUCACUAUUUUUUAUGUAUAAUUACCAUUACAUCAUUUUCCCACUCCCUCAUUAUUGUAUUAAUGCAUAUUGCUUAGUGUGGCGCAAAAAACCGACUAUUUUUUUUGAGUCUCUGAUGAAAAAAUGUUAGUUUUUGAUAUUUUAAGAACCCCCUCUCCAAAGGACAGCUCAAAAAAAUUUUUAAGAGGUCGCUCCAAAUUUUUUUAAAUUUCGAAAAUCGAAUUUUUUUUUAUUUUUUUUUCUAGUUACGGUAUAAUUUUAUAGACAAAAAAAAUAAGUUUCUGAAAGUUUCAGUUAAAAAUUUUAAUUUUGAAAGGUCGCUCAUAAUUUUUUUUAAUUUAUUAGUAAAUGACUAGAUUUUUUCGAGCGACCUUUUAAUAUUAAAAUUCCGGCCAUUUUUUUCCUUUAUUUAGUACAAUAAUCUAUAAAAAUACACCACGAGAUGAACUAAAAAUCAAGGAUAACAAAAAAACACAAUUUUUUUCUAAUUUUAUAAUUUUAUUUAAUCAACUACAACAUUUUAACAGUAUUUCAAUGAACUUUGUUAUUAAUUCUGAAACUAAAUUUUAAAUUAUAACCGAUUUUAACUUUAUUUAGAUCGAUAUCAUAUAUUAUUUAUAUAUUAUUUAUUCAAAGUCCGUAUUAAAUUCAUUUUAUUUGCAUUGGAAUAUAACUUACGAUUUUCUUCGACAACUUGUAAUACUUUCUGCAGUUCAUCGUCAUUUUUUACAAAUUGUAGAUACUCCUGCAUUAAUGAAAUACCACGCUCAGCUGUGUCAUUAACUAUAUGUAAUGUACGAACUAUAUUUAAACUCCUUAAGUAGGACUGAUUCGAAUUCCAGGUUGCAGGAUGUGUUUCUUAGAACUGGUCACUCAAGUUUAAGGCUUCGAAGAAAUACCGUGUAUUUUGAUUCACUCUCUUUUAUUUGGAUACGAUUCAAUGGCUGCUGUUCAGAUUGUGUUUUUAAGGCUGAAACCAUUUUAAUCUUGAUUUUAAUUGAAAUUAAAAAAUUCCAAUCCAAUUAGUCACUAAUGUACCAUAAAUGUCGUGAAAAACUUUUAAGCGCUGCUGAACCUAACUUUUGAUUUUCUUUUAAAUUGGACCAGAUCUUUCAGUAAUUGUAAAUCAAUUCUUGGGGCUAUAGUCGGAAUUUGGCAUAGGAACCAGGCUUUCAGAUAAAUUUUAAUUACAAAUUCGUUAAACUCUUCAAGUUCUUCCAAGACUACUUUAGAAACUUUAAAUUGACUCCGGAAAAGAUAUAUUUUCAAACAAUAAAUUAUUUUGGACAUCCACCUAGCUCGAUGAUAUGCCCCUGGCUUAUUUAUUGAAAAAUUAGCAGGCUCACCAAGAUAAAUCUUGGAUUCCAAACAUUGUUGAAUAUUUUGAGCAGUUAAUUUCAAACUGUCUGCAAUUGUCAAUUUAUUUUCGUAGUGAUGAAAUAAGAUAAAACUGAGUACUUCUCGACGAGAAGGAGCUCUAGCAAUUUUCAAUUCUUUAUGGUAUUCGCCAAUUAACCAUUCACCAGGGUUAGAUGGUUUUGUUGAUCUCAAUUGUCGUUUAGAGCACAUUUUUCGUCUACAAAAAAAAUACAUGAAGAUCAUAGUCAAUAACCAAAAUAUAGAAAUAUUUCAGAUAAAAAUUCUAAAUAAAACAUUAAAUGUUUAUGAAACAAUUAGAUACAUUGAACUUUAUUGAGGUUAGGACAAAAGAAUGACAGAAACGACAUAAAUAACAAAGGAACAUACCUGUUUGUUGAUCGAAUAUAUCAAACAUUGAAAAAUCACGAACUGACGAAUUAGUAUUCUAUAAUUAACUGUUAUUUAUUUUGAGAUUCUUUAUUCGGAGUAAGAAGUAAACCGAAAGUCAUGAAGUAAUUGUUUACAAAUAAGUUCUAUAUUCAAAAGUAAAGUGGAAAAAGCUCUGGCCUAAUAUGGUGUCAAAAUAGUGAAAUAAUAAUUUCGCUGCGUCGGUAAUUAAAAUUUCUGUCUCAAUGAAAUGAAACAGCGGUAAUUUUAAAUUAUUUACUACAAAACUAAUCAUAAUUAAACGAAAUAUUAAGAAAAAACAAUUAAAUGUAAUGAUACGUUUUACUUGUAAAAUUAUAAAAUUAGAAAAAAAUUGUGUGUUUUUUUUUGUUAUCCUUGAUUUUUAGUUCAUCUCGUGGUGUAUUUUUAUAGAUUAUUGUACUAAAUAAAGGAAAAAAAAUGGCCGGAAUUUUAAUAUUAAAAGGUCGCUCGAAAAAAUCUAAAGUCAUUUACUAAUAAAUUAAAAAAAAUUAUGAGCGACCUUUCAAAAUUAAAAUUUUUAACUGAAACUUCCAGAAACUUAUUUUUUUUGUCUAUAAAAUUAUACCGUAACAAGAAAAAAAAUUAAAAAAAAAUUCGUUUUUCGACGAUUUUCGAAAUAUAAAAAAAUUUGGAGCCACCUCUUAAAAAUUUUUUUUGAGCUGUCCUUUGGAGAGGGCUCUUAAAAUAUCAAAAAAUAACAUUUUUUCAUCCGAGACUCAAAAAAAAUAGUCGGUUUUUUUGCGCCACCCUAAUAUUGAUCUAUAAAUAUACUUAUUUGAUUUGAUCUAAGGGUCAUAUAUAUAAUAAAUGAGGAAUAUCCAAACGUUUUCCACUUUAAUGUAGAUGUAUAAUCGAUGUCAUAGAACCAAAACUUCUUUUGAAUAAGCUGUCUAGAACCAAGUACAUAUAGUCAAUGUAGGUAUGAUUUCAUAUAGAAGGCGUAUAUUCAAAUGAUGUUAGCAAGUUAUUUGGUAGUAAACUCUAGAAAUGUACAAAAGAAUCUGGAUUUCAAAAUGCAUAUUUCAGGUACCAGAUUUAAAAUACUUUCGAGAAUAGUAUCUGAAAUACUAGAUACAAAAUGAGUAUUUAGAAAAUAUUUCUUAAGAUGAAAAUACUAUUGUAAGAUAACAAGGUAUUAUUUUAAUGAAUUUAAGCUUAUUUUUGAAAAUUGACAUUAAUGUUAUUUGUGAAUAAAUCAUGUGAAUCGCUGAAAUAUGACAAGACGAAAUAUUAUAUUUUUAAGUAAAACUAGUUCUUCAAAUAUUUAAUUGCUCAUUUUUCUUCGAUGAGGCCUUAGAAUUAUGUCCCCAAAAGAAAAGGGGCAGAACUCGGCAAACAGGUGUUAUAUUUGGAAAUUUGUUUUAUUGUAACUGUAAUAUUUGUAAGAAUAGAUAGAACUGUUGGUUCUGAAUUACUGUCACUAUUAGUCUGAUUAAGUUUUCUUUUUUUUAAGUGAUGUAUUUUUAAUUUUUUCAUAAUCUUGGUAAGAUAGUGAAAUAGAUACAUAACAAAAUAGCCAAGUAAUUAAAAAAAUAAUUAUAGUUGCACAGUUUCUGAAAGGCAACGCCGCAAUGAAUAAAUUCAUUCAUUAUCUCGUAUUCAGCCACCAUCUAGAGUCGUCAUUUAUGGAUGUUAUGUUGAACUAAUAAUGACACAUACAGUUUUACAAAUUUAUUUUAGAAAUUUAAAAUACUACUAAAAGUAUUUUAUCAGGAAAAGUAUUUAUGAAAUACUAAGGUACCAAAUACCAUAUAUUUAAAUGCAAGAUAUAAAAUGAAUUUUUAAAAAGUAUUUUAGAUACAAGAUGGAAAUAUCUUGUAUCUGUAUUUCAGAUACUUGUAUCUCAAAUAAGUCACAUGUCUGGGUAAAGUUUAGCUAAAUAAACCAGAGAUAGGCUUAACAUAUUGACAAGAAAGGCCGGACUGAUCUAAACUAACAAAAGAUAUAUUUCACAGUAUUAAAGGCUUUAUACGAAUGUUGGUAAUAGUAUUUUAAAAUGUAUGGCAUUUGGCAAUUAGACUCUGGUUAAUUAAUAAAAUCUGCAGUGUUUUCAUCCAUUACUUUUUAUAAUUGAUACAAUGUAGAUGAUAGUUGUAUAUAUGAUUUGUUUUUCAUUUUAUCAAAUCUGUCUUAACUCUUUCUAUGCAGCUAUAUAUACAACUUCUAUAUCUACAUGAGAUGGUUCAAAAUUAUGUAUAUAAAUUUCUAGAGCUCAUAUGUAAUAGUUACAAUUCUGCAAGAUACAAAUUACUCUAUAUUCUUAUGGGAUGGGGCAUGCAGCUAUUUAUCCUAAUGUCUUGUAGUCCGCAAAAUUUGAAGUCAUUAAUCAAAAUCGUUUUGGGAUAUUUGAACAAAUGAAGUUUUCAAUUCGCUCUUUAAAGAGACGAAUAUCCCCUACUAUAAAUUUUUAUACUGAAGUACAUAAAGAAAUGUAUAUGUGCUCUAAACUUUGGCCACGAAAGUUAGUUUUGGUUUAUCACAAAAACUAUUUGCUUUAUUUAUAGUACGUUCAAAAUCCCACUCAUUUCCAUUUCACUAGAUUGAGAAAAAUGGAGUUACAUUUUUAAAAAGUGACCAAAUCUAGUACCAAUUUCUUAACAAGUACUCUAAAAAAAAUCCUCAGAACUGAUUUUGGGAAAUCCAAUCUUCGUAAUAAAUGGCAAUUUAAAAAAUGUGACAGCACACACUGUCUUCACUUUAAACGAAAUUAAAUUAUGUCAAAUAUUUCAAGAUUUAUUUAUAACUAAAAUAUGCAUAGAAGCAGUUUUGCAUUCAAGCUCUGGAUAGAGGCGGAACUGUACCUCAUUUAUUAGGAUAAAGGCGUUUUUAUCCACCACUGUCAACAUGGUUGGGUUUAUCCAAGACAUGUGCAAUACAUGUAUGGCAAGUUUAUAGUUUGAAGUGAAUUAUUUAUUUUAUUAUAAUUAGUGUCAAAUAACAUGAGAUCAAAAAUUAAACAAUUACUUUUACUUUUAGCCUUUAAUUACAGAAGUAAAAUAAUAAAAAAAAAACAUUUUGUCAGUUAGUUUUAUAAUGUAGAUUAACAAAGUAUCAUAAAAUAAAAAACUAAAUGGAUAGUCCUACUUCUUCUAGGUACUCGGAUGCUUCAACAUUUUCUUCAACUCCAUUAUUAUUACUAUUGUUCUCCAAUACAUUUUUAUAAUGAGCAAGGAGCCAAUUACCAUAAUCAUUUAUCCAAACGUUCCCGAAAUGUUUGCAAAUUGAAAAUUUGAAAUUAUACUUUAAUCAUAAAAAGCUUUUUUGUCAGGGAUAGGAGCGGUUUUUACACAUACUAUAAAUAAAGAACCAUAAAUAAAACAUCCAAGUGUUGACUGAUUAAAAAAUCUAUUUUUUUAAUUAUUUUGGACAGAGGCGCAUUUGCACUUAGACCCCUAAAUUAUUAAGAAUGACAUAUGAUUUUACCCAAAUUAUUUUGAAACAAAUUUCAAUUUACUAAUUUUCUAGAUUUGAGAUUAUCAAUGCAAAAAAUCUCAAUUCUGAUGAUUGAACAUAUCGCAUUGAAUAUCCUUCAUUCAGGAGAGGUCGCUCACACUGUCUUCUCCAUUAACAAAUUUCUUUGGCGGUUCAUUUUUUUAUUUGAUAUAAUCCCAAAUGAAUUUCCAAUCAUGCAUGUUAUAAACACAAUUCAAUCAACAGAAACUUUGCUUCAAUUUUUAAGAAAAUAUUAGCACAGUUGUAGUCUAAAACGAGGUUUAAUACGAGGUACUGUUAAAACAAUAUUAUUUGAUAACUUAAAAAACAGCUUUCACUGUCAAACAAGGUCCAUUUACUUGUCGUACAGUAAGUUAUAUAAAUAAAGAAUAUCAUGAGUGAUUCCUUAAUUUUGUCCAGGAGUUUAUUAAAACAUACGUCAGGCUGUAAUUGUGAAUGCGAGUGUAUUCAGUAUUAAACAUUGUUCAAGAAAAAUCUAUUUGUCAAGCUUUAACAAAUUUCAUCCAAUAAAAGUUGUAUUUGAACUGUAAUUUGAAGAAUCAGACACAAAUCAAUUGAAUUGAAUUUUAUUAGUGACAGUGUUCUAAUUCAGAGUUUUGAUGUAUUAAUUAUUUCAUAUAUAUACAUUAAUUUUUAUAGACUUUAUUGAUGUACAAAUAUUUUUGUAGUUUAUGAUAUAACAAAAUUUUUUUAUUAUUAUAUUUAAUAGUAGCAA